AUGCGGGCCGCUCUACCAUUUAGAGCCCCUAACCAGCUACAAGGCAAAACCAUAUUCGCCAAAUUGGCAAAACCCACAUCCUGCAAUUUCUCCACACAUCGAGCUCUUCGCAAGCCUACAGAACAAGGUAUUAGGUCGUCGAAUCCACAGCUAAAAUUCCCAUGUCUUGAUGCUUUGGAAAGAAAAACAGAACAAUUGAAUACCAAGUCGUCUUCUGCUUGUGCAGCAGAACUGACGUCGCUUGAAGGUGGGCCAGAGCCUUCUUACUCGUUUGUCUCCACAGGUUUUGAAGUGUUCAAGAGCAAGAAACCGAUUUUUUUGGAUAACGGCGGGUACUUGCCAGAAUACGAAAUUGCUUAUGAAACGUGGGGUAAACUAUCUCCAGAGAAGGAUAACUUAAUAUUAAUUCAUACUGGUCUUUCUGCUUCCUCGCAUGCUAGGUCGCAGCCAAAGAAUACUAAGCCUGGAUGGUGGGAAAAUUUCAUUGGGCCUGGAAAGUAUAUUGAUACCGAUAAGUACUUUGUGGUGUGUACGAACGUGUUGGGUGGCUGCUAUGGAUCGACGGGGCCUUCUUCUCGUGAUCCUGCUACCAAGGACUUCUAUGCUACUAGCUUUCCUAUACUAUCAGUGAACGAUAUGGUAAGAGCUCAAAGAGAGUUGGUACAGAAUCAGUUUGGCGUAAAGAAACUACAUGCAUCUGUUGGUGCUUCAAUGGGAGGCAUGCAAUCUUUGGCGUAUGCUAGUGAAUUUCCUGAUGAGGUUGAAAAAAUUGUCAGCAUAUCGGGUUGCGCCAGAUCCCACCCAUACUCUAUUGCAUUGCGUCACUGUCAGAGACAAGUCUUGAUGAGUGAUCCGAACUGGAAGCGUGGCUUCUAUUAUAAUGGUGUUCCUCCCCAUAUUGGCAUGAAGCUUGCUCGUGAGAUCGCUACUGUUACUUACCGUUCCGGACCAGAGUGGGAAUCUCGUUUCGGUAGAAACAGAGCUGACGAUACGAAACCAGCUGCUUUCUGUGCUGACUUCUUAGUGGAAACUUACUUGGAUCAUCAAGGAGAAAAGUUCUGUUUGGAAUAUGAUGCCAAUUCGCUUCUAUAUGUUCUGAAGGCAAUGGAUAUGUUCGAUCUCGGCCACAGAAGCGUCACGAAAGCAGAAAAGAACAGACAAGAAGCGGAGAAAAGGUAUUUCAACCAGGAUAUUGACACUUUGGAAAGCGUUCCGCAAACGCCAUACCAGGAGAAAAUCAACAAAGCAACAACCACACCAGAGCAGGCUCUCGAGGAUUUGAAAAAGGGAUUUGAGCACAUCGCCCAUAAGGAAUUCUUGGUUAUUGGCGUUGAAUCGGAUAUCUUAUUCCCAGUUUGGCAGCAGCGUGAAAUUGCCGAGGUGCUCAAUUCUUUUGAAGGCGACAGAGACAAUGUUCAAUACUUUGAACUAGGCAACAACAUCAGCAACUACGGCCACGAUACGUUUUUGUUAAGUUUGGACCACAUUGGUCCACCGGUCAAGGACUUUUUGAACAAAUAG